AUGCUUGAUGUUGCUGCAAUUCUCCUUGAAAAUGAUUGUGUUUUUAUUAAUAAUUCAAAUUCUACAACUGUUACCGAAGUUCUAUAUGCUGCUGCAUGGAUUUGUAGUGGAUUUUGUUCAAAAAAAUCGAAAACUGAUGCAAAAGUAAUUCAUGAUAAUGAUGAUGAUAUUUAUCCAACUGUUAAAGUAACACAUGGUGGUAAAUUACCAGAAAAUGCUACAGAAAGUGAAAAUAAAGAUAAUGAUAAUGACAAAAAGAAAAUAAUUGAAAAACAAGAACAAUUAUCAACAUCGAAAUCCAAACACAAACGAGAACGUAGUGAUGAUAAAGAAUUAUUAUCACCAGCUGAUGAAGAAGGAAAUGGUCCAACUUCUUCUACACUUUCUCUUGCUCCUCCUGGUACUGCAGAGAAAACCAAAGUAAAAAAAUCAUCAUCAGAAACAACAACAAUAGUACAUACAAAUAAUUCUGUGCCACUUCUAUUGGACACUAUGACGGAUGAUAUUCAUUCAACAAAUCAAUCUGAGUAA